UGGUGUUGUCGAUGAAAGAAAAAAAAUAUACGAGUGAAGAGUGAACAUAUGAAAAUAUCACACAAGGUUUACUGCUAAUAAAACUAAAUUGCGUUACAAUUAGUUACGAAAUAACUGCAUAGUAUUGCGUUUUUGCGAAGAAGUGCUAAGUUGUGGUGUGCAUUUAAAUGACAAUUUCUAUAAUCAUAUUAUGAUGUCGGAAGUGGAUCCGGAGACGUUGCUGGAGUGGCUGCUGACGGGGCAGGGCGAUGAGCGUGACAUGCAGCUCAUUGCCUUGGAGCAGCUGUGUAUGCUGCUCCUCAUGUCCGACAAUGUGGACAGGUGCUUCGAGAGCUGCCCUCCAAGAACCUUUUUGCCAGCAUUGUGCAAAAUAUUUCUGGACGAGAGUGCGCCCGACAAUGUUCUGGAAGUGACAGCCAGAGCUAUAACCUACUAUCUGGAUGUGUCUGCGGAGUGUACCCGUCGGAUCGUAGCCAUCGAGGGUGCGGUGAAGGCAAUCUGCAGCCGCCUGUUAACCGUGGACCCAAACAACCGCACCAGCAAAGAUCUCGCCGAACAAUGUAUCAAGGUGCUGGAGUUGGUGUGCACCCGCGAGGCGGGCGCGGUGUGGGAGGGCGGCGGCCUGCCGGCCGUGCUGCACUUCAUCACGCACUACGGCACCGCCGUGCACAAGGACACGCUGCACUCCGCCAUGGCCGUCGUCUCAAGGGUGUGCGGCAAGAUGGAGCCGGGCUCGGAGCGCGUAGGCGACGCGGUGAUGUCCCUCUCCGCGCUACUGCGUCACGCGGACGCGCGCGUGGCCGACGCGGCGCUGCGCUGCUUCGCCUCGCUCGCGGACCGCUUCGCUCGCGCCCACGCCGACCCCGCGCCUCUAGCGGACCAUGGUCUAACCGAAGAGCUGGUCCGCCGGCUCGGCAGCACCGAGAGCGGCGACGACAAGUGCCCGGCGCCCUCCGUGUCCACCACCGUCAGCCUGCUGUCCACGCUGUGCCGCGGCUCCGCGCAGAUUACACACGACCUAGUCCGCCUGGAGCUGUGCUCGGCCAUCGAGGCGGCCGUGCAGGCCGACGAGCGCUGGUGCCUCGAGUGCAUGCGGCUGGUGGACCUGCUGCUGGUGCUGGUCUGCGAAGGCCGACAUGCUAUACAGACUGGCUCAAACAGGAAUGGCGACGCGGCCAGCGGUUCCAAGAGUGGUGCAGGGGGCGAAGGCUCCAGCGCGACAGCGGGCGCAAGAGGCGACAAGUCGCAUCGCCAGUUGAUCGACUGUAUUCGUGGCAAGGACACGGACGCGCUGCUGGCAGCCGUGUCGACAGGCGCCGUCGACGUCAACUUCACCGACGACGUCGGGCAGACGCUGCUCAACUGGGCCGCGGCUUUCGGCACCAAGGAGAUGGUCGAGUUCCUGUGCGAGAAGGGAGCCGACGUAAACCGUGGCCAGCGCAGUUCGUCCCUGCACUACGCGGCCUGCUUCGGGCGGCCGGCCAUCGCUAAAGUACUGUUACGCUACGGAGCUAAUGCUGAUCUGCGCGACGAGGACGGCAAGACACCGCUAGACAAGGCCAGAGAGAGACACGAUCAAGGUCACAGAGAAGUGGCCGCUAUCCUCCAGUGCCCCGGAGAGUGGCUGGUUGUCGGCAACCAGGAUUCACCAACAUUUUCCAACGAUGAAGACUUUCCUGAGACCGGAGACAAAGAAAUGGCUGCUAUUUAUUUAGAGCGGUUGAUCCCGGUGUUCUGCGCGCGCUACCUGGGCGCGGGCGGCGCGAGCGUGCGGCGCGCGUGCCUGUCGCUGGUGCGCAAGAUGGUGCACUACACGCCCGCCCGCCUGCUGCGCGCGCUGCCCCGCGCCACGGCCGCCGCGCUCACCAUGCUCAUCGCCGCCGUACUGGACAACGUGGGCGAGGUGGGCCCCCGGCGACCGCAGCCGCGGCCGCUGCGCAGCCGCUAUAUCCGCGCGCCGGCGGAUGACGACGACGGUCACAUCAUCGUGCUUGGCAUCGCCGAAGAGGUGAUGGUGAAGGCCACAGACAUCUACUUGGAGCAGUUCGCGAGGCUGGGCGUCUUCAGCAAGGUGGAGGCUUUGGCAGCCGAGCCGGCGGCGAGUGCUGCCAACUCGACUAGUGCAGCUGGUGGAACAGAAGACGCGACAAGUUUGUGCAGCAACGUGGCGUACUCGUGGGGCGAGUGGUCCCUCUGCCGCGGGCGCGACGCGCUGUACGUGUGGAGCGACGCGGCCGCGCUCGAGCUCAGCACCGGCUCCAACGGCUGGUUCCGGUUCCUGCUGGACGGCAAGCUGGCCACCAUGUACUCCAGCGGCAGCCCGGAGCACCAGACCGACAACACAGAAAACCGCGGCGAGUUCAUAGACAAACUCCAAAGAGCCAGAGCCUCAGUGAAAAACUCUGUACCACAGCCGAUAUUGUCCAAGCCGUCACACACCAAACUGAUACUCGGGAACUGGUCUCUGUCCUGCAAAAAGGAAAAGGAGCUUCAAAUACACAACACAGAUGGUCAACAGCAAACCACAUUGCUACGAGAAGAUCUACCCGGGUUCAUAUUUGAAUCCAACCGAGGGACCAAACAUUCCUUCACUGCUGAAACAUUUUUAGGGCCGGAACUAGCAAGCGGAUGGACGGACCGAAGACCCACAGUAUCGAAUAACGCGAACAAUGCUAACCAGCGGCGCUCGCGAGUCUCUGCUAAGACUGAGGCGCUCAAGACGCAGGUGGGGUCCCGCGCGCGCUCGCUGUACGCGCGGCACCUGGCGGGCGCGGCCACGCGGCAGCCGCGCGCGCCCGUGGCCCGCCUGCGCGCCGUGCUCGCGCAGCUGCAGCGCCUCGCCGCCACACCCACCAAAGACUGGCAGCAGGAAAUGAACGAAGCCUUAGAACAGUUAACUGAGCUACUAUGCGGAGAGGAACUGUUGUCCGCCUACGAGCUGCAAUCGUCCGGACUCGCGCCCGCGCUGCUGCAAGUGCUGUCACAACAACCUAAUGAACCGGCCUCCCAGUACGCGGCGCGCGAGCAGCUCGUCCGGGCCUGGGCCACGGACAGCCGCGCGGGCUGCGCGCUGGCGGCGCGGCUGGUGGGCGUGCUGGAGUCCGUGGAGCGGCUGCCCGUGCACGCGCCCGCCGGCGACGCGCCGCCACCCCCCUCCACCGCGCUGCACCACCUCACCAAGCGGAUCAGACUACGCGUAGUCCGCGCAAGCGAAGACAGCACCGAAGACACGAGCAACAGCAACAACGCCGGCCGCAACCUCAAGGUGGAAGCUCUCACCACCGUCCGCCAGCUCGAGCGCUUCCUCGCCAAGUCCGUGGCGCGCCAGUGGUACGACAUGGAGCGCGCCACCUUCAACUUCGUGCAGCGCAUCAAGGCCGAGGCGCCGAUCGACUUCGUGUACGACGUGAGUAUACCCCGUCCCGCUCUAACCUGCAGCCCUGAUCGUCUGUCAGCUCGCUUCCUCGCCAAGUCCGUGGCGCGCCAGUGGUACGACAUGGAGCGCGCCACCUUCAACUUCGUGCAGCGCAUCAAGGCCGAGGCGCCGAUCGACUUCGUGUACGACCACGAUUUCGACGAGAACGGCGUCCUGUACUUCAUCGGCAGCAACGGGGGCACCGCCGAGUGGGUCAACCCGGGGGCACAUGCCCUCGUCUCCGUGUGGUCUUCAGAUGGCCGCCAAUUACCCUACGGCCGCGCCGAAGAUGCGCUGUCCCGCUCACCUGAACCGCUGAACGUGCAUACGAACGAUGACAGACGCGCGUUUAUAGCGCUCGAUCUCGGCCUGCAGAUUAUACCUACAGCCUAUACGCUGCGACAUGCGAGAGGAUAUGGACGCUCAGCGCUCAGGAAUUGGCUCUUCCAGAUGUCCGCGGACGGCAUGUCAUGGUCUACCCUACUGGCACAUAGCGACGAGCAAGCACUGCAAGAACCGGGCAGCACGGCAACGUGGCGACUCCGCGCCGACGCGCCCUACCGCUACCUGCGCGUGCAGCAGAACGGCAAGAACGCUUCGGGACAAUCUCACUACCUGUCGCUCUCCGGCCUCGAGAUAUACGGCAAGGUGGUGAGCGUGUGCGAGACGCCGCCGCGGCAGUGCGCGGGCAGCGCGGGCGGCGCGUGCGGCGGCGCGCGCUCGCGGCGCUGGUCGCGCGGCGCGCGCGGGCUGUGCGCCGGCGCCAAGGUGGCGCGCGGGCCCGACUGGAAGUGGCGCGACCAGGACGGCAGCCCGCCCGGCCAGGGCACCGUCACCUCCGACCUGCACAACGGCUGGGUGGACGUCAGGUGGGAGCACGGCGGGCGCAACUCGUACCGCAUGGGCGCCGAGGGCAAGUUCGACCUGAAGGUGGUGAGCGGCGGCGCGGCCGAGGGCGCGCGCGGCGGCCGCAAGUCCCACUCCACCCCCAGCCUGCCCGACGCCACCGCGCAGGACCAGGUGUCGGUAGCGUCAACCGAGCAGGCGUCCUCAGCGGACAACAUAUCGGGCGAAGAGAUGGCCAGCAACAUGACGCGGCCGCGCAUGCACACCGCCGACCUGUCCGCCAUCAACAACUCCACUCAUCAUAUCAACACAGAUCUGGCGACGAUAGUGGAGUCUCUAACGCUCGGCGCGGAGGGGAACAACUGCAUCGCCGAGCUGAGCGGCAACUCGUUCGCCAACAUGGAGAUGGGACCCACCAGCAUCACGGACAUCACCAAGCCGUAUCCGGCUAAGGAGCCGCUUCCGGAGGCGAAUUCGCAAGAGUGCGAAGACAACGAAAGCGGAGAGGGCCAAUAUGACGACCACAACAAAAAUGACGGGCAGGGCAGCGGCUCGGGCACGAUGAGUGCCAGCGAACCGGAUCUCACACAACAAGGCGCGGCGCGGCUGCUGGAGUCUCUGGGCGUGGGCCGCGGCGGCGCCGGGCGCGGCAACAACCCGCAGCGGGCCGCGCGCACCAACCACUCCACCAGCCUGUUCCCGAGCUUGGUGCGACUCGCGUUGUCGAGCAACUUCCCCGGCGGGCUGCUGUCUGCAGCGCAGAGCUACCCUUCGCUCGCACCCAACGCGCAAAACGCUCUCACCCUCUCCCUCACGUCUACUUCCAGCGAGAGCGAGCAGGUGUCCCUUGAGGACUUCCUGGAAUCAUGCCGCGCGCCCGCCCUGCUGGCCGAGCUGGAGGAUGACGACGACGGCGACGACGCGCUCGACAGCGACAAGGAGAACGAGCCCGCCUACCAGGAGGUGUCCCGUAACCUGCUGUCCUUAAUGGAAGAGGAGGCGUUGGAAGCGGUUCGGGGAGGGUUAGGGCAGCGCGCUCGACGUCCUUGGGACGACGAGUUCGUGCUGAAGCGGCAGUUCUCCGCGCUCAUACCCGCCUUCGACCCGCGCCCCGGCCGCACCAACCUCAACCAGACCGUCGAUCUCGACAUACCCCUAAACGAGUCCUCCGACACGGAGGAGGCGUCCCCCGCCCCCUUGGCGGCCGCCACCCCCUCCCCCGCCCCCGCCGCCCCCGCCAAGCUGCCCGCGCUGCGCCUGGUGCUGAGCUCGGGCGCCGCGUCGCUGCCGCUCGAGCGGCCCGACUGGACCCUGUACCGCGCCGUCGUGCAGCUCAACGCCCGCCACAACCACCAGGACUCGCACAGGGACACCACUUACACAUUAACAUAUAAAGAAGUGGAGGGAAUGGAAACGUUCGCCGCGUCCAGCGACAGCGAGGACGACGAACCGGGAGAUCCAGAGCGAGGCGUAUCAGGCGCCGAGACGGGCGAGGGCGCCGCGGCGGCGGUGUGCGUGCGCGUGCUGCGCCGCCUGCGCGCCGCCGCGCCGGCCCUGCCGCCCGACGCCUUCCUCUCCACCAAGCUCACCAACAAGCUGCACCAGCAGCUGCAGGACCCGCUGGCUCUCGCCGCGCACGCCGCGCCGCACUGGUGCCAACAACUGAACGACUGGUGCCCGUUCCUGUUCCCGCUGGAGACGCGGCAGAUGUUCUUCGCGUGCACGGCGUUCGGCACCUCGCGCACCAUCGUGUGGCUGCAGGCGCAGCGCGACCGGGCGCUGGACCGCCAGAGAGCCGGCAACACAGUUUCGCCGCGUCGCGCGGAGUUAGAAGCGACGGAGUUCCGCAUGGGUCGUCUGCGGCACGAGCGCGUGCGCAUCCCACGGCAACCUAACCUACUGCGAUCCGCUAUGCAGGUGAUGAAGGUGCACGCGGGGCGCAAGUCGGUGCUGGAGGUGGAGUUCGCGGGCGAGGAGGGCACGGGGCUCGGGCCCACGCUGGAGUUCUACGCGCUCGUCGCCGCCGAGCUGCAGCGCGCCGACCUCGCCGUGUGGCUGCACGACGCGCAGCCGCACCACGCCCAGCCCGCGCCGCACCAGCCCUACCUCCUGGACGAAAAGCCCCCGGGCUACUACGUGACGCCGGCCAACGGCCUGUUCCCGGCGCCGCUCCCUCAAGACUCUCCUAUCUGUGAUAAAGUUUGCAAAUAUUUCUGGUUCCUAGGAGUAUUUUUAGCUAAGGUUUUACAAGACGGGCGGCUGGUGGACCUGCCGCUCUCGGAGCCGUUCCUGCGCAUCAUGUGCGGCGAGGAGUUGAAGAACGAGCAUCUGCAGGAGAUCGAUCCUAUCAGGCACAGGUUCCUGCAAAACGUUCUGGCCGCGGCGGACCAGUACGACGCGCUUCAAUCGGACGCGUCGCUGUCCGCGGAGCAGCGCGCCGCACGCGCGGCUGAGCUGACCGUGGAGGGCGCCACGUUCGAGCAGCUCGCGCUCACCAUGACGCACGUCGCGCCCGGAGACCCCGCCGCGUUGCAGCCGCUCUGCGACGCCGGCGAACACGUCGAGGUCGGCGCGCACAACGCCCGCGCGUACGCGGAGGCGAGCGCGCGCUGGAUGGUGGCGGACGGCAUCCGGCGGCAGGCGGGCGCGUUCCGGCGCGGGUUCGCCGGCGUGUUCCCGCCGCGCCGGCUGCGCGCCUUCAGCCCCGCCGAGCUGCGCCUGCUGCUGUGCGGCGAGCGCGGACCCGCAUGGACCAAAGAGCUGCUCUUACAGUACACGGAGCCGAAGCUAGGCUACACCCGCGACUCGCCCGGCUUCCUCCGCCUCGUGGAGGUGCUGGUGGAGAUGUCGUGGCGCGAGCGCAAGGCCUUCCUGCAGUUCGCGACCGGCUGCAGCAGCCUGCCCCCCGGCGGGCUGGCCAACCUACACCCGCGCCUCACCGUCGUCAGAAAGGUGGACGCAGGCGACGGCUCAUACCCCUCGGUGAACACGUGCGUGCACUACCUGAAGCUGCCCGAGUACUCCUGCAAAGAGGUGCUCCGCGAGCGCCUGCUCGCCGCCACCAACGAGCGCGGCUUCCAUCUCAACUAGACCUCUCAUGGCGACCCAGCGAGUUCCUAAUGUCUGUAAGCCGUUAGUAGAAAAUAAUUGUAUUACACCUUGUACCUCACCUCUACACAGAUC